AUGCCGGCGGACGCGGAUGGGGCGGACGGCGAGGGGAAGGCGCAGGAGCUGGAGUUGGCACCCGUGCUGACGCCAGGGCCUGGUCCGGAGCGCUGGACCGGAGACUGGGCGGCGGACACGCUGGGUCCUGCGCAGACUGUGCUGGUGCACCGGCUGGUUGGCGACGGCGGAGGGUGGCGGACGCGGUGGGGGGAGGUGGCAGUGGCCGACGCUCCGUUUGCGCACGGCGCGCUGCGCGCGUGCUGGCGGGCGACGGUGUCGUGGGCGGUCGGCGAACCGUAUGUGGUGAAGCAGUACAUGUCGCCUGAUGCCGAUGUGCCGGCCAACUAUGUGGCAGACGUGCAGAUGCAGACGCGGGCGCGAGCACUGGCCGAUGCGUACAACGCGGCGAGACCGCCGUUGCAUGUCGAGCUCCUUGAGGCGAUAGUGCUCGAGCUGCUUCCCGAGGCAUCCGCCCGGUUUGUCGCCGGCAACUACGUCAAGCACUCAAACAACGGCGGCGUGGUGGGCCAUGUCGGCGCAGCAGGCGGAGUUGUCCGCAACACGCCGCAGGCCUUUUCGCACUUUACCUAUGCCGUCACUCAGGGCGAGGCAGUAGUGGUCGACAUCCAGGGCGUCGGCGACGUGUACACGGAUCCGCAGAUCCACACCCGGUCGGCGGAACAGACGCUUGGCGAUCGUGGGGUCCGCGGCAUGGCUCUGUUCUUUGCCACCCACCUCUGCUCACCUGUGUGCGCCAAGCUCGGAUUGCGGCCGUUCCAACUCUCGCCGGCAGAGAUAGAAGCGUUGGCGGCGACGCGAGUGGCGGGCACGACGGUGCCUGCGACGCCGGUUGCCGGCGACGGCCGUGAGCGGUGGCCGGCGCUGGACGCGCAGGCCAAGUUUGUGGGUGCAUUUGCGGCGGCGGUAGCGACAGAUAUGGCCUGGAUUGCAGCGCUGCCGGACGUGUUUGACGCGCCGGCAUCUUCAGAGGUGCGGCGCGACGCCGACCUGCACUAUGCGCUCGCGCAGCACUUUGUGCGCGACCGUUCUCGGGCGCUGUUCCACCUCGUGGUUGCGGCGCAGGGCGGGUGCGAGGAAGCGCAGCAGGCGGUAGUGGCCAUCAAGGUCCAGUUCCAUCGGCCCGAUGCCGGUCAAAGUGGAGGUGGAGCGCUUUGGCUGGUGGCGGUGGCGGCGGCUGUGGCGGCUUUUGCGGCUGGGUGGCUGGUGGCGGGGCGACGUCGAGGUUGAUGUUGAUGUGUUCAUUGGGGGGCACGAGGUGCGACGUCCACAGUCGUCACUCGGGAACAGCACAAGUCUACAAAGGAGAAGGUAUGCAAGGGGGCGGAAGCGCGAUCAGUGCGCUGUGAGCCGCGCACGGAUCAGUUGUACACCGCAAAGAACACAAAGGAGAGGAGGAGCAUGAGCGGGCCGUGCCAGGCAAAGAGGAACCAGGCAGUGCGAGAGAGCGAGAGCCGUGAGCCAGCAGACGCCAUGGAAACCGUGCCGUCGUCAUUGUGGGUGGCGACGUUCUCGGCAGUAGCGAGUGCCA